AUGCCUCCUCGCCCUUCACUAGAUGAUUCGGAGAUAUCCGGAAGCUACCUCAAAGGUUCCGGACCAGGAGGGCAAAAAAUUAACAAAACCAACUCCGCCGUUCAACUCAUACAUAUACCCACGAACACCGUGGUAAAAUGUCAAGCAACUCGCUCCCAGUCACAAAAUCGGAAAAUUGCCAAGCAGAUCCUAGCCCAGAAAGUGGAGUUACUCGAGAAGGGUGACCAGAGCCGAGCAGCGAUUGUAACGAAUGUGAAGAAGAAGAGGAAAGCGAGUAAGAUUAAGAAAAGCAAGAGGAAGUAUCGAGCCUUAGAGGAAGAGAAGAGAAGGAAGCGGAUAGAGGCUGGGUUAGAGGAAGCUGGUGAGAACGAGAUCGACGAGGUGGGUGAGGUUGAGGUUGAGGAACAGGCCACCAGCAAGAGUGAUGUUACGUUUGAUAAAGCGGAAAAUGACGGACGUUGA